AUGGGCUUGUCGGGCCUGAGGUCGUGCCUCAGCCCGAGCCACUUGUUGCGCCUGUCGGUUAAGAGUUUUUGUGAUGAUUUCUUGUCGUCCUGCGUUCGAGAUUCCUUAUAUGUCGAGAAGAUGAAAGACAGUGGAAAAUUAUCAAUAUUUGUAAACUAUGGAGGCCAGUUCGUUAAAUGUGGAACUUCUGUUGAGUACUUAGGUGGUAAAUCCAAGACAGUUCAUGGUUUAGAUGUGGAUAGGUUUGGGUAUUUUGAUUUAAAAGAAGAAGUUGAGAAGCUGGGGGUUGAAAAGUUUGAAAAACUUGUAUACAGAAUAACAAGGAACAGUGGAGCAGAUAGCUUUAAAGAUGUUGUUGAUGAUAGUGUAGUUAUGGAGAUGAUUAGCCACGCUACUAAGGGAAGAACAUUAUUAGAAAUCCUAAAGAUGGAUUUAGAAGUUGAGUCACAGAAAGAUGGUGAUAAAGAUGGUGAUGUUAAUUUAUCUGAUCCAAAGAAUCCUAAUGAUGAGGAUUUAUUAGCUGAGUCACAGAAAGAUGGUGAUGUUAAUUUCUCUGAUCCAAAGAAUCCUAAUGAUGAGGAUUUAUUAGCUGAGUCACAGAAAGAUGCGGCCACUGCUGGUGGUUCAUCGUCAGCCAUCGCCGCCGGACGUGGCGCGGCGCCAUCCCAGGUACCAGCAGGCAGCUCGCCGUCGACCGGGACAGACUCUUUUGCGGCGGCAGGUACUCGACAGGCCGGCAGCAUGCGGUGUUUCUCUUGCGGUGAGCUCGGCCAUCAAAGGUUGGCAUGUCCUCGUAAUUGUGGCGGCAGAGCAUUAUUCGCCGAUGAGACGGGGGAUUUUGGGGACGCCGCCAGCCAGGCCCUUCUGGCGUUCCUAGAGAAGCAAUUAACAAGAGGCAGUCCCUCCGUCGCGAAUCUCAUUGCAGCCAUUGCCUCCGCCUUGCUCCCCACCGGUCCCACCGAUCCCGUCCGCAUCCAACACUAA